AUGGACUGGGUCUCUCGGUCAUAUGUGCUCGGCUUCUUUGUCUACAUUGGCUUUUUCAGUUGGCUUCCUACUAGUAGGGUAGGCGCUCAGAUUAAUUUGGCGCCGAGUCAGAACUGGGACGGGAAUGAUGGCCCAUGGUCAACCUUUGAAGUUCAGAUUGGCACUCCUCCGCAGGUCGCUCGAGUAUUGAUAUCUAACUUGGACUCAUCUCUAUGGGUUCCAGUGCCCGAAGGGUGCAAUGAGAGAGAUCCAGCAGAUUGUCCCGAACAGCGAGGCGGACUAUUCAGCUAUAACGACUCUUCAACAUGGGAGGGAAGAGGCUUCUACGAGUUGCCAUCACAAGCGAGAUCAUUUUUAGAUUACUCUGCAAAUUCUUUAGUCGGAUUCGACAAUAUUACGUUAGGUGGAAUGGGAAGUGGUGGACCAUCGAUCGGAACAAGCGUGGUGACUGGUAUGGGAGAGAAGGACUUCUUUCUUGGUCAUCUAGGACUUCACCAUCAACCGCUCAACAUCUCUAAUUUUACUGACCAGCACCGAAGUCCACUCACUUCAUUAUUCGAAGACCAGAAGAUUCCAAGCCUUACAUGGUCCUAUACUGCUGGUGCAUAUUACCGGGAUGAUAAAACAUAUGGAAGCCUGAUACUGGGCGGCUAUGAUGCCACAAGGUCAAAUGUACAUCAUAAUCUGACUGUAAAGAUGCCUGUGGAUACUACUCGAGAUCUUCGGCUCGCCAUUACGGCCAUAUCCAGUCAUGGGAAGACUCUGCUUGACGCUGAAAUCUAUGCGUUUAUCGACUCGUCAAUUCCUCAUAUAUGGCUUCCGAUAGAUGUCUGUACCAGGUUCGAGGAAGCUUUUGGACUCAACUACGAUAGUACAACCCAACUUUAUCGAGUGAACGAUACAUUACAUGACCAGUUGUUGAGGUCUAAUGCAAGUGUGGUAAUCUCAGUGGCGUCGAGUCUGAGAGCUGAAGAACCGAACGGCUCUGUUAUCGAUAUCACCCUGCCCUAUGGCGCUUUCAAUACGACGGCUACUUACCCUUUAUUAUCUUCAGACACCAAUUCAACAUCGCGCUAUUUUCCACUAAGACGAGCUUCCAAUUCUUCGCAGUACACUCUUGGCCGUACAUUUCUACAAGAAGCCUACCUGCAUGUUGACUACGGGCGAUCUAUUUUCACUAUUUCGCAGACACUAUUUCCUUCUGACCCUGCUGAGCCUGGAAACGUUAUCGCCGUUUAUCCUGGAACAAAUAGCACGGAUAUCUCGGAGGGAGCAGAUCAGGGGGAUGGAGAAACUCAGCCAAGCCCGAAGCCCAACAAUGGCAUGAUAGCGGGAAUCACUAUCGGAGCUGUUCUUAGUAUCGGCGGCGUGAUUGCACCAGGAUAUUUUUAUCGACGCUAUCGCCAUCGACGCGCAUCGAGGGCUUUACAGGAUAGCCAUGGUAGCCAGUACAGCGGGAGCCAGCGCAGUGGCAGCCAGCAGGGGGCUGUUGAAAACAAGUCGGAAGAACUCACGGCAGAGCUACCAGGAGAUGUUGGCAAGGAGGACGAUUGGCAGGUCACAAACAGACACCUCCUUGACGGACGAGAGAUACGUCAAGUGCGACUGUACAGAGGGAGGGCUAGGCCCAUAACAACUACGAGUCGGUCACCAGACCUCUACAGAGGCGGUAGGACACCAACAUCGGAGCGGAUUAGCAGAAGCACAUUGAAGUCAGAGAGUGACGGUGUCAACAGGGAGAACAGGGAGAUCUUCGAGCUCCCAGGCCAAACCGUUCAAGAACUGCCCUGA